AUGGAAGAAACUACUGCUGAAACAAGUACACAAACUGACGUCACUACCACUGCUGAAUACACGACUGAAGAUAGUACAACUGAGUCAAUCACUACUAUGGAAGAAACUACUGCUGAAACAAGUACACAAACUGACGUCACUACCACUGCUGAAUACACGACUGAAGAUAGUACAACCGAGCCAAAGACAACUAUUGAAGAAACUACUGCUGAAACAAGUACACAAACUGACGUCACUAUCACUGCUGUACUCACGACUGAAGAUAGUACAACUGAGCUAAUCACAACUAUGGGUGAAACUACUGCUGAAACAAGUACACAAAAAGACGUCACUACCACUACUGCAUCCACGACUGAAGAUAGUACAACUGAGUCAAUCACUACUAUGGAAGAAACUACUGCUGAAACAAGUACACAAACUGACGUCACUACCACUACUGCAUCCACGACUGAAGAUAGUACAACUGAGUCAAUCACUACUAUGGAAGAAACUACUGCUGAAACAAGUUCACAAACUGACGUCACUACCAAUGAUGCAUUCACGACUGAAGAUAGUACAACUGAGUCAAUUACUACUAUGGAAGAAACUACUGCUGAAACAAGUACACAAACUGACGUCACUGCCACUACUGCAUCCACGACUGAAGAUAGUACAACUGAGUCAAUCACUACUAUGGAAGAAACUACUGCUGUAACAAGUACACAAACUGACGUCACUACCAAUGAUGCAUUCACGACUGAAGAUA